AUGAUGACGGCGCAGCUGCUCGACCAGAGCGCUCACCAGCCCGUCGGCAUGACAGGUGUAUACACACCGUCCAGCGACGAACACAAGUCCACCCCGCAAGGCGAUGAGAUCUCAACUUCUCGUCCAUCCGCGCCGUCCGACUUCUUCAAAACCCUCCCUUCGUCGGCCAACAACGUCUUUUCAGCAGAGCAACCUAAUGGGACACCCAUAGAGUCAACAAGAGUACACGUCGAUGCACAUGGUCGAACGCUGAACCCAAGAAGCUGCGUGACCUGUCGGAAGAGGAAGGUCAAAUGCAACAAAAUCCAUCCUUGCAACAACUGCAACCGAGCACACAUCGAAUGCGUCUUUCCCUCGCCCGGUCGAGCACCCCGAAAGAUCAAUAAGCCCAGUGAGGGGAGGGACAAAGAGCUUCUCGAGCGGUUGAGGAGGCUCGAGGGUGUAGUCAAGGGCUUGGGGGUGGAGGUGGAUGAUAAGGAGAACGGAGAGCAAGAUGAGCAGGCGGUACAGCAGGACGGUCAAGAUGGAACGCCGGAUGAGCUGCAUAAGGAGAACAAUCUGAGUAAGAGUGGUGCGAACGACCGUUGGGCGUAUCAAUACUUCGACGGCAACCGCUCAGACCGCACGAGGUGGGUAGAUGAGAAGCAAAGAGGGAAUUUCGAAACUAGAUUCGGACGCCUGGUCGUCAACGAGGGCAAAUCGAGAUACAUCAACAACUCCUUCUGGGCAAACCUGAGCAACGAGGUAGAAGAUCUGAAGGGCAUCUUGAACCAAUCUAGUGAUGAAGAGGAUGUCGAUGAGUCGCCAGAUAGCCACACGAACUUGGCAGGCGUGCAACAAGGCUGGGUCUUCGGUUUUAGCUCGCUAAACGUCGACCUACUAUCACUGCAUCCUCUGCCCGGCCAGAUAUCGGCGUACUGGAGCAUCUACAAGGACCGUGUGGAUCCGCUGGUCAAGGUGCUGCAUAUACCGACUAUUGAGCCAACGAUAUUGAGUGCUGCAUCACAUCUCUCGAACCUGUCGAAAGGCUUCGAAGCGCUGCUUUUCACGAUUUACUACGGUGCAACCACCAGUCUGAACGCAGAAGACUGCAAAGCAAGCUUCGGAGAAGAAAAGACAGUACUGCUCGCCCGCUACCGCUUCGCAAUCGAACAAGCGCUGUCAAGAGCAAAUUUCCUAACAACAGAAGAGACGAUCGUGCUCCAAGCCUUCGUCAUCUUCCUCAUCUGCCUCCGCCGCAACAAUGACGCCCGCGUCAUCUGGACCCUUACCGGCCUCGUCGUCCGCAUAGCCCAAACACUCGGUGUCCAUCGCGACGGCACCCACUUCGGCCUACCGCCUUUCGAGAUCGAGAUGCGUCGGCGCCUGUGGUGGCAGGUCUGCAUCCUUGAUACCCGCGCGAGCGAAGACCACGGCUGCGAUCCUACCAUAAUGGAGCAGUCUUUCGACACGAAGAUGCCGCUCAACGUCAAUGAUGUCGACAUCGGGCCUGAUAUGAAGGAGUUCCCGCUUGAGCGGACGGGUUGUACGGAUAUGUCGUUCUGCUUGAUCCGCUUUGAGGUCGCAAAUACGUUUAGACGCAUCAACUACGUUCCUCCUGGGCCGCCCCGGCAGUGUAAGGAGUAUUACAAGAGCAUCACGUUGCAGGAUAAAGAGACGUGGAUCACCGAAUGCCAUAACCGCCUUGAAGAGCGGUACCUCAAGCACUGCGAUAUGAGUGUGCCGCUGUUCUGGGUCACAGCGACGGUGGCAAGGUUGAUGAUGAGUAAGAUGUGGUUGAUGGUGUAUCACCCCUUCCAACGGCAAGACGGCGGCGCCAGUCUACCCGACGAAACGAAAGAGAAGCUGUUCAUCACGAGCCUGGAAAACAUCGAGUAUAGCAUUCUCCUCGAAACGGAAGCAAGAACGAUGAAAUGGGGCUGGCUGUUCAAGACCUACAUGCAAUGGCACGCCCUCGCCUUCAUCCUGUCCGAGCUCUGCCAGCGCACAACAGGCGACCUCGUCGACCGCGCCUGGCGAGCCGUCGAGAAAUCCAAAGACGGCCGCUGGGGCGUCCGAUUCACGGACGACUCCCGCGCAGACCACCUCUGGCGCCCGUUGCGAAAGCUCUACCGCAAGGCCAAAGACGCCCGGGCCCGAGGAAUCCAAGAAGAAGCACUCACGAAGCCGCAACUCACGCCGCAGCGGACUUACAGCCCCAACGCGAAUCCGAUGUUCGAGCACCCCGAACGCCCGAGGAUGACGAGAGCGCCGCUGUCGCAGGCACAGGCGCAGCGGUUCGCGAGCGGGCCGACGUUUGGGGAGGUACCGGUGGAUAAACAUGAGUUGUUUCGGUCGCCGAAGCUUUUGGAGACAGUUGGGGGGGAGGAUGUUGAUCCGAUGGACGCCAUCAGCCUUCAGAACACUGGGAGGAAGCAGCAACCGGACUAUGGUGCCAUGCCAAAUGGAGCCAAUAUGCCACUCAACUCUGGCUACGCCAUGCACGACGCCCUCUCCUCCUCGCAAGCUAUGCAGCAGCCGAACCCCCAAUACACUGCUCCAACCUCCUUCCCAAACCUGCCCACCAACACCAUGCCCCUCGACUUCUCCACCACCAACAACGGCACAUUCUACCCUCCCCGCGCGAACUCCCUCGAUUCCAACGGCGAGCUCGACAUGUCCAUCAUGGACACCAGCGGCGACAUCAACUGGGAGAACUGGGACCAGCUGGUCAAGCAGUUCGGCAUGGACGUCGAUUCUGUGCCGGGGGCGGGCGUGGCGACGGAUUGGGCUGGUGGGGGGUGGGAUGUUCUUGCUAAUGGGGUGAAUGGGGUUAACGGGACUAGCGGGGUUGGUGGUAGUGGGGAGGAGUGGUUUAGAUGA